AUGGCGUUCGCCAAGUGUGCAGGGGCGAGGAAACCGUCGGUUCUCAAGUUAGCUCUAACAAAUGUGACUAAUGCAUCUAUCCUUCUGGGGACGAAGACCAUGCGACAAGCCCCUGCAGACAAAAAGCAAGCACCCGUCCUAUUUACGCGCCUCCCAAGGUCCUCGGACGUCGAAGAUCAACAACGCCUACACAUGCAGCGCAACACGCUGGAUUCUUUCCGACCCAAUCAGGCCCCAGCGGCUUUAAUUGCGGAACCCAACGAUGAUCAGUUGCUAGGCCACCCGCGCUCGCAUCCACAGUCAUCCGAUAUUAGACCAGAUACAACGAACGCGAGUCAAACUCCGGGUGGUGCGGCUCAUUGGAUGAACUCGCCGUGA